AUGUCUGCUUGGGGAAAAAGACAAGCUCGUGCUGAUUCAAAGCCAACUAAUAUAGAAUCUACAAAUACAAAUGGUGUAAAUACUUCAGCAGUACCAAAAAAAUCAGCUUGGGGUGCACCACCACCACCAGCAGCAGCGUCGGAACCCGCUGCUGUUGUUCUAAAUGAACGUUCAUCAAGUGCAUAUCCAACACCACGUGAAGCAAUGGAAAAACUGUCAUUAGAUGCUUCAACAUCACAACCAACAGUUCGUUCUCAAAGUGCACGUCCGUCAAAUCGACGAUCAUAUUUACAUUCAGCUAUACCCGAAUCAGCUGUAUUAACACCAGUUUGUCGUCCUGAUCAAGGUGGUAAUAUUGGUAAAACAAUUGAUGUAUAUACAAAUCAUUUUCGUUUAAAAGUUGAUGAUAAUAUUAUAAAUCAAUAUGAUAUUGAAAUAUAUAUGAUUGGACGGGAUAAACAACCACGUUUAGCACGUAAAGAUGAACGUUGGGAAACUGUACAACGUAUAGCUAAACGUGAACAAAAUUUUCCUGUUAUUUGGUAUGAUGAAGGUAAAACAAUUUAUACAAAAGAAUUAUUAACUGAUUUUACAAAACCAUUACAAAUAACAUUUAAAAUGAAUAAUGAAGAUAAAACAUUUCAAUUACAUAUUAUUGAUCUUGUACGGCAAGAAAAAAUUCGAGAUAUUUAUGAUUUUAUUGAAAAAAAAACUUCAAUUAGACCAAGAGAAUGUAUUAGAAUAAUUGAAACAUUAUUUAAACAAGGAGCAAGAAAUGAUCUUAUUGCAAUUAGAAAUCAAUUUUAUGAUCGAAAACAAAAACUUGAUGAUCUUGGUGAUGGUCGUGGUAUGGCAAGUGGUUUCUAUCAAGCACUUUUUCUAACACAAUGUGGUCCUACUUUAAAUAUGAAUCUUGCUUUUACUUGUUUUUAUAUGCCAUUAAAUUUUAUUGAAUUUGCAACUAAAUAUCUUCGUAAAGAUAUAACAAAAGGUUUAAAUGAAGGUGAAUUACAAGGUUUUAAACGUAUUGUUCGUAAUAUGUUAAUUGAAACACUUCAUACAGGUCGUGAUAUUCGUUAUCGUAUACGUGGAUUUGGUUUACCAGCAAAUCAAAUAAUGUUUGUACGUGGUGCUAAUGAUGAUGCUGGUGAUGCAUCAUUAGGUGAAAAAAUUAGUGUUGCAGAUUUUUUUGCUGAAAAAUACAAAACAUUAAAAUAUCCAUAUUUACCAUGUAUUGAUGGAAUGAGUGGUAGUCAAAAACGAGCUAAUUGGUUACCUAUGGAAGUAGUUAAACUUGUUCCAUGGGAACGUUCAUUAAAACCAUUAGAUAGUGUACAAAGAGCAUUAGUAACAAAAAAAUCUGUUAUUAAACCUGAUCAACGUUACGCACAAAUAAUGAAUGUUGUACACGAUCGUCAAUUUGAUAAAGAUCCAUAUUUAAAAGAAUUAAAUAUUAAAGUUGAAACAAAUGAAAUGCUUAAAGUCAAAGCUCGAAUAUUACCACCACCUGAAGUUAAAUAUCGUGGUCAAGGUAAUUCUGAAAUAACUGAACGUGUUAAUUUUGGUAAAUGGGCAAUACGUAAUCGUUUUUAUACAACACGUGAUAUUAAUAAAUGGGGAAUGAUUUAUUUCGGUUCAAAACCAAAUGAAAAUAUUAUUCAAACACUUAAAGAUUUUGAAAAUCGUUUACCACCAUUAUUACAACGUUAUGGUAUAACAAUAAAAUCUAAACCAAUAACAAUAGCUAAACCAGCUAAUAGAGGUGAUAUAGAAACAUCAUUAAAUAAUGCUAGUAAAGAUAAAUGGCAAUUAUCAAUUAUUGUACUUAAUAAUACAUUAGAAAAUGUUUAUGAUUAUGUUAAACAAUGUGGCAAUCAACGUUAUGGCUUAGUUACACAAUGUGUUAGUUUUCAAGCAUUAGAAAGAAAUCUUAGUAAACUUGAUAUGUAUGUACAAAAUUUAAGUCAAAAAAUUAAUGCAAAAAUGGGUUGUAUUAAUGGAGUUGUGAAUCUUAAAGCUGCUCUCAGUCGACCAUCAAAUGAAGAUCUUUUCAUGUUUUUUGGAGCUGAUGUGACACAUACAACUUGUUCAGCUGAACGUCCAUCUAUAGCAGCAGUUGUUGGUUCACGUGAUCCAACAAAUUCUCUUUAUGCAGCUCGGCUUUGUGAACAAUAUCCAAAAUUGGGUCGUUGUUCAAUGGAAAUAAUAAAAGAUUUAGAUAAAAUGAUUAUUGAAUUACUUCAAUUAUUUGCUCGUUCAUGUGGAAAUCGUUUACCAAAUAAAAUUGUAUUCUAUCGUGAUGGUGUUGAUGAUGGUCAAUAUCAAAAAGUACUUGAUAAUGAAGUUGCUAAAAUAAAACAAGCAUUUCGAACUAUUUAUGUUAAUCGAACACAACCAAAAUUAACAUUUAUUAUUGUAAAGAAAAGACAUAAUACACGGUUUUUUGCUUAUGAUGGACAAAAUACAAAAAAUGUUGAAGCUGGAACAGUUGUUGAUCAACAAAUAACUCAUCCAUCACAAUUUGAUUUUUAUUUAUGUUCACAAGCAGCACUUAUGGGAACAUCUCGUCCAGCUCUUUAUCAUGUUCUUCAUGAUGAAAUUGGUUUUACAAGUGAUGAAAUUCAACAAUUAACAUAUUGGCUUUGCCAUACAGAUGCUCGCUGUUCAAAAGCAGUUUCAAUCCCAGCACCAAUUCACUAUGCUCAUUUAGCUGCAUAUGCAUCACGUACAUUUGAUUUUGAUGAUAAUCAUGAACAAGAAUGUGAUGAUGAUUUUGUUGAAAAUGCUGAAAGUGUUUCAAUUGAUGAUAUUAAAACAAAAUUAAUGGUACUUGAUCCAAAAAUGGAAAAUGAAAUGUGGUUUGUUUAA